AUGGCUAAAUAUAGAAACAAUUUGGUACAAUUCGCCGAUACAUUCUUUAUAACCGAUGGUGGUCUAGAAACAAUUCUAAUUUUUGAUGAAGGUAUAGAACUUCCAGAAUUUGCCGCAUUCAUUCUAUUCAAGGACGAAGACAAACGUGAAUGGAUGAAAAAUUAUUUACGCACCUAUGUGAGGAUGGCUCGAAAAUAUCAUACUGGAUUCAUAUUGCAAAGUGUAACAUGGCGUGCCAAUCCUGAUUGGAUGCGAAAACUUGGAUAUUCUGAUGAAGAUAUCGUUAAUGUGAAUCGUCAGGCUAUCGAAUUUCUGUACGAUAUUCGCAAUGAAUAUGAAACGGAAAAGUCUCCGAUCAUAAUUAGUGGAUGUAUUGGUCCGCGCGGGGAUGGAUACAAUCCAACGGCGGUCAUGUCGGCCGAACAAGCUCAAGCAUAUCAUGCAACACAAAUCGGUAUUAUUAGUCAAACGAACACAGAUGUCAUAACGGCUAUGACUAUAAAUUACCCUGAAGAAGCAAUUGGAAUUACUCGAGCUGCUAAAGCAUUUGGUAUACCCGUGGUGAUCUCGUUUACGGUUGAAACUGAUGGUCGAUUACCGAACGGACAGACGUUAAAGGAAGCAAUCGAACUUGUUGAUAAUGCUACUCAAAAUGGACCCGCUUAUUAUAUGAUAAAUUGCGCACAUCCAAUUUGUUUUGCACAUGUCCUAAAUCCUGAAGAAUCGUGGGUAGCAAGGAUUCAUGGUGUGAGAGGCAAUGCAUCGAUGAAGAGUCAUGCUGAGCUUAAUGAAUGUAAAGAACUUGAUUCAGGUAAUCCAAUCGAAUUCGGUGAGCAAAAUCGAGCACUAUUAUUCAAGCUGAAAAAUUUGAAUGUCUUCGGUGGAUGUUGUGGAACAGAUCAUCGUCAUAUUGAAGAAAUUUGCAAACAAUGUAUCGACACAUUCAAUCGACUAAAACAUGCUCAUCGUAAAGAAAUUAUCUAA